AGAAUUAGUGAUAGUUUGUCUCAAGAAAAUAAGCAAAAUUCUAAAAAUCCUCAAGAAAAUUUGAAAAAUUCCAAUAUAGAUAAAACAUUUAAAAUCAAAUGGUUAUCAGAAUUUUCUUGGUUACGUUAUGAUGAUAAAAAAAUGUUUUGUACAAUUUGUGUUAAACAUAAGAUAAAAAAUAAGUUUGCUACAGAAGAUCAUAUUGAAGCAGAAAAAUUAGAAACAGCACAUAUUCAAAUGGAAUCUUUGCAAAAUCAAAUUUUUUCUUCUGAUGCAAAUGCUAGGCAUAUUAUUAUUAUAAUGCGGGUUGUAUAUUUUUUGUCAAAAAAAGAUUUGCCUCUUCGGCUUUUACCUUCCAUCAUUAAAAUAAUGAAAGAAUCAGAAACACCACAUAUAUCUGAUGGUUCAAUUACAUAUACAAACAAGAUUUCAGAACAUGAAUUUUUAAUGGUUAUAACUAAAACUAUUGAAGAUAAAAUCUGGAGUGAAUUGUCUGAUGCUGUAGCAUUUGGAAUAAUGAUUGAUGAAAGUACAGAUAUUAUAACAACCAAACAUUUAGAUGUAUAUGCUUUAUAUAUAGCUAAAAAUAGAACAUUCAAAACACAUUUUUUAUGUCUUUUGCCUUUAACUGAUUGCGAUGCAGAAACAUUUGCCUCAGAUGGUGCUUCAGUUAUGUUAGGAAAAGAUGAAGGUGUUGCAGUGAAGCUUUCAAGAGUAUGUACUUAUCCUUUAAUUGUUAAUCAUUAUGUGGCUUAUAGGUUGGCUUUGGCAUGUAAAGAUGUGAGAAAAGAAAUUGAAAUUUAUAAAGAAGCUGAAUUAUUAGUUAAAAAAAUUUAUGGUUCCUUUAAAAAUUCAUGUUCACAUAUCCAACAAUUAAAAGAAAUUCAAAAUCUUUUAGAUUGUUCUAUUUUAAAAAUAAAGAGAUUAUAUGAGAUACAACAUGUAAUACGAUUGAGUAAAUUUUUACAGAAAAGAAAUUUACAACUUUCAGAUAUAGAUCUAAUGAUACAAUCUACAAUUAAUUCUAUUCAAAAAGAAUACUUAAUAAAUAAUCAAUCACAAAAAUUUGGAUAUAAUCUUCAAAAAUUUAUCAAUGAAACUAAUCCAUUUGGAAAUAAUUCAAUAGAAUAUAUGGGUCAUGAACUUUCUUUUACUGAGCAAAAUUAUGAUGAAUUAUUGAUAGAUAUAUAUAUCUAUUUAACAAAAUGGCUGAGAGACUCUAAAGAUUUACUAUGUUUUAGUGAUAAUGAAUUGGAAGAUUUAUUAAAAUAUUAUGAUGUAGAGUAUAAGCGUGGUUUUAGUAGACAGAAUCAAAUUAAAACUAAAAAUAGGAAUUCAUUAGCUACAGCUAUAUUAGAUAUGUUAAUACGUGUUUCUUUAGAAGGAUCGGAAAGUUCAAAAUUUGAUUAUGAUCAUGCAUAUAUUAUUUGGAAAAGUCAGAAGAGGCGUACCG